ACCUAGAAGCAAAAGACGCGCUUUCCUCAGCCAAAGCAAGAGCGAGUGUAAAACCUUAAAUAUUCUAUUUGGAGGCUUGAUUCUGACGUUCUGGACUGUGAGACGGUGCUCUCAGGAUCCUGGGCAUAGGCGAAGCUACUGUGAAGCAAACAGGAAAGAGGAAAGAGCCAUGGAGACUGCGUGGAUGCACAAUCUGAGGCAAAGGCAAGUCCUGAUUUUCUUUGUUUUGCUGAGUGUGUCUGAGGCAGGCACGGAGCUGGGUCCCUAUUUCAUACAGGAAGAAAUGGAGAGGGGUUCCUUUGUGACAAAUCUUGGGAAAGAUCUGGGUGUGGAGCUGGCAGAGAUUUCCACCCGCCGGGCUCGGAUCAUUUCCCAGGAAAAUAAAGAGUAUUUGCAGUUCAAUGUUCAGUCUGGAGAUUUGCUCAUAAACAAGAAACUAGAUAGAGAGGAGCUAUGUGGCUCCAUUGAACCUUGUGUUCUACACUUCCAAGUGUUAAUGGAAAACCCUUUAGAGGUAUUUCAGGCUGAACUGAGGGUGAAGGACAUAAACGACCAUUCUCCAGUGUUCAGUGAAAAGGAAAUGAUACUGAGAAUACCAGAAAACAGUCCUCUGGGAAACACAUUCCCUUUAAAUAAUGCUCUGGAUUCAGACGUAGAAAUUAACAACAUUCAGAGCUAUGAAGUCAACUCCAACUCUCAUUUCCUGGUUGUAACCCGCAACCGCAGCGAUGGCAGGAAGUACCCAGAGCUGGUGCUGGAGAAAGAACUGGAUCGGGAGGAGGAGCCAGAGCUGAGGUUAACCCUGACAGCCUUGGAUGGUGGCUCUCCUCCCCGGUCUGGGACCGCGCAGGUUCUCAUUGAAGUAGUAGACACCAACGAUAACGCACCCGAGUUUCAGCAGCCAACUUACCAAGUGCAAAUUCCAGAGAACCGCCCCACAGGGUCCCUGGUAGUCACAGUCUCAGCCAGUGACUUAGACAGUGGAGAUAAUGGAAAAGUACUGUACGCACUCUCUCAGCCUUCAGAAGAUAUCAGUAAAACAUUAGAAGUAAAUCCUGUAACAGGGGAAAUUCGGCUACGAAAAGAGGUAGAUUUUGAAACAAUUCCCUCUUAUGAAGUGGAUAUUAAGGCCACGGAUGGGGGAGGUCUCUCAGGAAAAUGCACUCUGCUCCUGCAAGUGGUGGACGUGAAUGACAACCCCCCAGAAGUGAUGCUGUCUGCACUUAACAGCCCAGUUCCAGAAAACUCUCCGGAUGAGGUAGUUGCUGUUUUCAGUGUUAGAGAUCCUGACUCAGGGAAAAAUGGAAAGGUGAUUUCCUCCAUCCAGGAGGACCUUCCCUUUCUUCUAAAACCUUCAGGAAAGAACUUUUACACUUUAAUAACCAAGAGAGCGCUAGACAGGGAAGAAAGAGAGCAAUACACCAUCAUCAUCACAGUCACCGAUAUGGGCACACCCAGGCUCACAACCCAGCACACCAUAACAGUGCAGGUCUCUGAUGUCAACGACAAUCCCCCUGCCUUCACACAAACCACCUACACCCUGUUUGUCCAGGAGAACAACAGCCCUGCCCUGCACAUAGGCACCAUCAGUGCCACAGACUCAGACUCAGGCUCCAAUGCCCACAUCACCUACUCUCUGCUGCCCACCCACGACCCACAGUUGGCCCUAGACUCGCUCAUCUCCAUCAAUGCCGACAACGGGCAGCUCUUCGCUCUCAGGGCGCUGGACUACGAGGACCUGCAGACCUUCGAGUUCCACGUGGGCGCCACAAACCAAGGCUCUCCUGCGCUCAGCAGCCAGGCGCUGGUGCGUGUGCUGGUGCUGGACGCCAACGACAAUGUGCCCUUCGUGCUCUACCCGCUGCAGAACGCCUCUGCACCCUGCACAGAGCUGCUGCCCAGGGCGGCAGAGCCAGGCUACCUGGUCACCAAGGUGGUGGCAGUGGACCGCGACUCUGGACAGAAUGCCUGGCUGUCCUUCCAGCUGCUCAAGGCCACAGAGCCCGGGCUGUUCAGCGUGUGGGCUCACAAUGGCGAGGUGCGCACCUCCAGGCUGCUGAGUGAGCGCGAUGCUCCCAAACACAGGCUGCUGCUGCUGGUCAAGGACAAUGGAGAUCCUCCAAGGUCUGCCAGUGUCACUCUGCAUGUGCUGCUGGUGGAUGGCUUCUCUCAGCCCUACCUGCCUCUGCCAGAGGUGGCGCGCGACCCCGCCCAGGAUGAGGAUGCGCUCACACUGUACCUGGUCAUUGCCUUGGCUUCUGUGUCUUCCAUCUUCCUGUUGUCUGUGCUGCUGUUCGUGGGGGUGAGGCUGUGCAGGAGGGCCAGGGCGGCCUCUCUGGGUGGCUGCUCUGUGCCUGAGGGACACUUUCCUGGCCACCUGGUGGAUGUCAGUGGGGCGGGGACCCUGUCCCAGAGCUACCAGUAUGAGGUAUGUCUGAUGGGCGAUUCUUCUGGGACCAGCGAUUUUAAAUUCGUGAAGCCAGUUCUCACUAGCUCCCUGCCCCAGUGCUCUGGGAAAGAAAUAGUGGAAAAUUCUACCCUCCGGAAUAGUUUUGGAUUUAAUCACUAUUAGAAAGCUCCUUACUAGAUACUUACUUCCUAAUAUUCUUGUUGAUUAGUUAAGUUCUGUAUACCUGUUACUAACAACAAUUUUAAUUUUCACUUUACUCAUCCGUGUUCAGGUUUAUGCUUAAUGUUGUAGGGCUGGUUUUACUCUUAUUUAUUGCAUAGAAUUUCUUCAUAGGAUCCCAGUAACUGAAAAGGCUUUAUCUACACAGUUAAAGUGAUUGUUAAAACUUUUCUACCACUUUGCCCUUGUUGACUUCAUUAGCUCUGCACAUUUCAUGUAAGCGUUCUGUUUCUAGACUUCUUGAACUAUUAAAAUAUUACACUGCUUGUUAUGUACACAUAUACUACUCUGGUAUUUCUGCAUUCCUUUUCUCUUCUGGCAGUCUUGUUGAUUACUCCUUGGUUUUCAUUAUAUAUAAUAGUUAUCUAAUGCCAUCCUAGUAUUUUAUAGUUCUAUUUCUCUUUGUUUAUAUAUCUUGAUUUAAAAUCUAUUUCUGUCAUAAGUAAUAGAAGCAUCUAGUCAAUCUGAGAACAAACAUAUUGUAAGAUAUUGUUUGUGUAGAUGUGUCUAAAUUUGUGGCCAUGAAGGCAAAUGUUGGCAUUCUAAGGCAUCAAACAGAAGCAUUUAAUAAUUUGCUUUAAUUCUGCAUGGAAACCUUAGAUAGACAUUGAGUUUUCAGUGGCUUACAAUCCAGUUGCAUUCUGCUGAAUAAACAGUAUAUGUGUAUCACCAAGCAGAUGUGGUGACUUUUCUGUGCAGCAGAGUUGGGGUUUGGGGCUCUAUCUAAUCUUUUUCAUGUACAUAUCCUAAGGUUCAAUCUAUAUCAUUUGC